GGUUUGUUUGAAGAUCGAUCCUUCCAUCCAUAGAAAGGGUAAUAGAUCAGCAAUUAGAUUUUCGUCAAGAAACGAGACAAUGAAGAGAAUAACUGCGAGCGAUGCCCAUGCUGGUGAAUCGUAUAUUGGCUUACAAACUAUGGAUGCGUUAAACUAUUUGAGAGCAGUGAGAGAAGCAUUUGACAGCAAAAGGGGAAAAUAUGAUCUGUUCUUAGAAAUCUUCAGAGAUUUCAAGGCUCAAAGGAUUAACGUUGGAGAUUUCUCAGCAAAGAUGAAGGAAGUAUUGGAGGGGCAUGAGUUUUUGAUUUUGGGAUUAAACACCUUCUUGCCCAAUGGAUAUAAGAUCCCUCCUUCUUUUGAACAACGUCUCAAUCGGCCUAAUAAGGUUGACAAAUCUGAGAUUCAUGUUCAAAAGAAGCCAAGGAAGAAGAAAACUAAAGGCGAUGGAAAAUCAUCAGUUCAAGAAAUCGAUCUCGGCAAAUGUGAACGUUAUGAUUUCAGCUACGUGCGUUUGCCUAAGCAUUAUCAGAGUCCUAUAGAUGGUCAUAUGAGAUCUGAGCUUGAUGCUUCAGUGUUAAACGAUCGCUACGUAUUGAAUCCUCAAGGCCCUCAGGAUUAUUCGAAAUCCAAGAGAAUGUUCAAUAAGUAUCAGCAAGCACUGUUCAAAUUUGAAGAUGAGCAGUUUGAAGUGGACAUGUUAUUAGAGUCUCUGUGGUCAGCCUCUGAACGUGUUAAGGAAGUGAAUAAGAACAUACUUGAGAAUAAGAUCAACGUGAAGGCGGGUCCAAUUUGUGUUGAAGAACACUUUAGGGUUUCACAUUUGAGGAUCAUGGAACGUAUAUUUGGUGAGCAUGGUCUUGACGCUAUAGAGGAAUUACGCAAGAAUCCAACUGUUGCUUUGCCAUUGAUGCAAAAGAAUCUUGAAGAACAACAUACGAAGUUGAAGCAAUGUCGUGAACGACUCAACAUGGCUUGGGCUCAAGAUUAUGCUGACAAUCAUGCCAAAUCACUUCUUUAA